GCCCUGGCCCAGUACAGCGAUGCUCUCCACAACGAGUUCCAGCUGGGCACCUUCAAGAGCAGGAACCCCAUGCUGAACCACCUGAAGAAGAACUUGGGGUUCAUCGGUGGGUCCCUGAAGAUAGGCAACGCCCUGCAAGAGGCUCACAGGACCUACUUCUCUGCUCCCACAAAUGGAAGAGACAGGAAACAGUUCCCCCCAAUCCUGGUGGUGCUGGCUUCAGCCGAGUCUGAGGAUGAGGUGGAAGAGGCUGCAAAGGCUCUGCGGAAAGAUGGGGUGAAAAUCAUCUCAGUGGGGGUGCAGAAGGCAUCGGAGGAAAACCUGAAGGCCAUGGCCACAUCCCAGUUCCAUUUCACCCUCAGGACCGCCAGAGACCUCAGUGCGUUUGCCCCAAACAUGACGCAGAUCAUCAAGGACGUAACUAAGCAC